UACCUGCUCGCUGGCAUGGUUCAAAUGAUUCACUGGGAUCAUCGGCCUAUACCAGCAGAGAUUUGCAGUGGUCAAGGAUACUGAGAGGAUAUUCCUGGAUUCCGUAAGCAAAAUGCAGCGAUAUAAACAACAUUGGAUUUGGAGGAAAGGCAAGAAGUCGUGUCGUGGUUAUGAUAAAGAAAAACUAAUAAGGCCUAAAGAGAAGUCACUAAUGAUGCAUCGAAGAAACAAUCUGUUCAUCUUUUUGCUGGGCAUCCCUUUGCUUGUCUGCUGUCAAACAGUGCCUACAAAUGGUCUUGCAAGGUUCUACCUUAAUACGCCUUCCUCGUUGACCCCAAGGACGAACUUCACAGUGCUGUAUCAUCUCAUGAGAAAAAGCCAAAAGUGGCCAGAUCCGAAAAAUGAGGACUUGAAAGACCAGAGCUUGCUCCGUAUUCUUGGUAACUACAUAAGUUCGCAUUUGUCAACAAAAAUGCCAAAAGACUUCGAUAAUAUCCAGCGCGAGAACGAGGUAUCAGAGAAAGAGCUUCUAAAAACGAUGCCACAGUCGUUAAAAACCAUCAAGUUUGAUCUGCCUGAAAUGCCAAGAAGGCAUGCACGUUCCCAGGCACUGACAUCUUUGCUGCAGCUACUACUGUGGCGACGAUCUUACUGCCCUGUUGAGUACAAAUGGAUGGACUUGGGCAAGUAUGUGUGGCCUAGAUACAUGAAAGUCGGAUACUGCCCAAAAAAAUCAUGCUCAAUUCCUGUCGGGAUGACAUGUCAGCCUUCAAAGCAGGACGAGAAAGUUAGAUUACUGCUUUGGUUCUGUUCAAGAUCGAGAAAAUGCUCGUGGAAAAUUUACAGUGAGAGCAUUACGACAGAGUGCAAAUGUCAGUGUCAGAGAUGAGCUUUAAAACAAGCGAAUAAUUCUUAUGCGCAGGGCAGGUGGUUCUAUAGCCUAAAGCUACUGGCACACCAAUAAUGGUUUGUUGAGACAUUUCCCUGCCUGUCUGCAAAAAGUCUUCGUGUUCUCUCCUUCUAAGCAAUACCGCUGUCGAUAUUCCUAUUGAUAAACUUCACAAUUGAUAUUGUUGCGAUUGAGAUUUAUUUAAUGUUAAAGAAAGUUAUAUUAUGAUAGCCCCAUGAAUUAUUCCGGCCAGGGGUUAUGAUUUCUUCAAAUAAGCACGUUUAAAGAUUCAAGCCUGGUUUCCAUAUCUUUGCAACAGACAGCAGAGGGGUCUCCGCCUCUUACGACGAUAUGGAAUCUAAGAUUUACAAGUUUUCGUAAGAUCUUGGCUACUUAGAUGGUUCUUCAAGCAUCAAUGGCGUGUUAUUGAAACAAAGGUUAAAAUAUUUGCUUCAUACACGUCACUAUUCCUGUUUGAAUAAUUUUUUGUGUUGGGAUUUUUAAACUUGAAACUAAGUGAUACAUUCCCACCGUUGAUUAGUGCCAUUAUGAUGUUUGUCUCUCAGUAACCUUGUGCUCUUGCCCCCAGUGAGCCAUUGCGUAGACCCAUUAUUGCUUUAAGAAGAUGCUUUGUAUACUCUUGUAGAUAGCUGCUAAUUUAAUUGUGCAUAGUAAUAAUAAUGCAUUGAGUAUCCAACAUAUUAUGUAUGGGUAAUGUUCAAAACCUGUGACUUUAUAAAUAUUAGGUUUUACUUAAUGUCAAGAUGUUAAGUAAUGUAGAUUUGAAAAUGGAGAGUGAACUGACAUUCUUUCUAGCGUUACCGAGUGCUUUGAGCUGACUACUUUGCAGAAUUUAGAAUAUAAAAAUGAAGAGGAACCUAAUUAAGCUUAAGUCCUAUCUGACAGGUUUAGGGUGCAGAUAUUAUGGAAUGUUCAACCUACCUACAACAAUACAGAUGAAAGCAAUAUUUUCCAAAAUUUGCAGGUCAAAAGCUGUUUUUGAAAACAAAGUCGCUACGAUACCAGCCAACUUUUAAGGACUUUUGGGGUGUUACUACUCCAACCUUCGUUACAAACUUCUAUGUUUGAAGAACCCAAAUUUGGAAAUGAAGUAUGUGCGCACUAUAUGAAAGUUUGUACUGAAUCGAUUCCCUCUUUGCACUAGUUCUUCAAAUAACAAAGAGAACUAGCUGCGUUCUUUUGCUCAGUUUUAUUCAGGAAAGCAUUACGCCUGGUAGAUUCCGAGUGAAUACAGACGCCUGUAUUUCAGAACUGGUAUAAAUCUUCCCGAGAAGAUAUCGUUGGAUUAUAGUGAAAAGUUUCAGAUCCACUGAAAUUGGUAAAUAUUAUGUAAUUUUCAAAUAAAUACCAUCGUUCAUAGAGAGCAAGACUGCUUAUAAAACAGAUAGGAGAUAUUUUGUUCGAGAGCUUUGGGUAACUGUUCCUGUUUGUAUAUAAAGACUUUUAAGCUUGGACUAUUCAGGUAAAUGUCGUAAUUUGUUACUAUUUGUUGUAUUUAAUAUAAAAAAUAAUGUAUUUACGCUAAUUUUUUUAGUUUCAAAAGUAUUCUAAGUAAGCAAAGUUCCAUGUAGAUUUUGCAAGCUUUUGAAGACGGAUUUUUUAAUUGAAAUCUGUGUGUUUGUCUUUAUGGCAAGAUGUAUAAAUAUGAUCAAAUGCGAUUAACAGUUAGGUUCUUUCUGCGCUUUAUCUAAUGUAUUUUAUUGAACUGAUCUGAACUCUUGGAAAAUAUUCAAGAAUUUUUGUAUUUUCAAAUUCCAAGUUGAAAUGCCCAAGGUACUUCGUUUCUGCGAAGAAAAAACAAUCAAGGACCCUUCAACCACUUUCAUUUGACAGCAUUGGAACAAUCUUCAGAAAUACGAAAGGGGGCUACGAACUCUAUCAUUUAGAUUUUUGAAUUCAAUUGAUCACAAUAUCAAAGUAAGAAAAUUGGUGUCAUGGAUAAUUUGACAGUCUGCUUCAGGGAAUCGGAGUCAUGAUUCUUUGUUUACACUCUGAUAACACGCAAUAUCACUGGCAAAUGGCAAAGCACAGGAAAUCAUAAAAAACUACAAGAUACUAGUUACGAGAAAUAUGAAAAGUAAUGAAAAGAAUGAAAGAUCACAAAAAGUAAAAGCUAUGAAGAGAAUUUACUGAAAAAAAAGAUUUUUCAAGCAAAAAUAUUUUUGCUUUGGGGCCACUGAAGGAAAAGACAAAAUGGAGUGAAGACCACGUUAGUAAAAAGUAGAACAAAUCAAUGUUGUAAGGUGAUGAAUGAUAUUAUGAAAUGUUCUUUUUCAAAAUUGGACAACAUAAUCUGAAAAAUCUUCAUUUCCUUUAUCUAUGAAGUCACUGUAGUUUGUUCUUAGCUUUCGAAACUCCUUUGCUACUAAACUCCUUGAAACUAGGGCUCAGAUGCUACUAAACUUUUAAUAAGACCAUAACAACAGUAUUAAUUACAUGGGUAAACAUUAACUAACCAAAUCUCAGCUAUAUAUAAUGUAUUUAACUUUAACUUAAUAUUUUUCUAUUAACCAUUGGCCAGAAGUGUUAAUAUGAAGGGGGAUAUAAUUUCAACUAUGCCAAUAUUUCUUCUACAAGUCAACAAGUAGUUUAACCCAGCGUUGACUUCCAUAAGAUGGCGUGGU